CUAGGGGGCUUCUCUCACCGGGACACGGGACUCCCGGGAAGUGGACUGGCAGGAGAGGGGGCCCGCUUGCGUCGCUCCUGACCCAGUAGAAGACCCCGGCGCGAGGCGGCCUUUCAGGGCCGGGUGGGCAGGCGAGCCGACGCGGCGGCUGCAGCUGCGGAGACAGUGAGGAGUGUGUGGGAGAGGGGCCGGCAUAGGGGUUGGCACAGAGAAACCAUGGCCCCGCAAAACCUGGGCACCUUCUGCCUGUUGCUGCUGUACCUCAUCGGGGCCGUGAUCGCCGGGAGAGAUUUCUAUAAGAUCUUGGGGGUGCCUCGCAGUGCCUCUAUAAAGGACAUUAAAAAGGCCUACAGGAAACUAGCCCUGCAGCUUCAUCCUGACCGGAACCCUGAUGAUCCACGAGCACAGGAAAAAUUCCAGGAUCUGGGUGCUGCUUAUGAGGUUCUGUCAGACAGUGAGAAGCGGAAACAAUAUGAUACUUACGGUGAAGAGGGAUUAAAAGAUGGUCAUCAGAGCUCCCAUGGAGACAUUUUUUCACACUUCUUUGGAGAUUUUGGUUUCAUGUUUGGAGGAACCCCUCGCCAGCAGGACAGAAAUAUUCCAAGAGGAAGUGAUAUUAUUGUAGAUCUAGAAGUCACUUUGGAAGAAGUGUAUGCAGGAAAUUUUGUGGAAGUAGUUAGAAACAAACCUGUGGCAAGGCAGGCUCCUGGCAAACGAAAAUGCAACUGUCGGCAAGAGAUGCGGACCACCCAGCUGGGCCCAGGGCGCUUCCAGAUGACCCAGGAGGUGGUCUGCGAUGAGUGCCCUAAUGUGAAACUAGUGAAUGAAGAACGAACACUGGAGGUAGAAAUAGAGCCUGGGGUGAGAGAUGGCAUGGAGUACCCCUUUAUUGGAGAAGGCGAGCCUCACGUGGAUGGAGAACCAGGAGACUUACGGUUCCGAAUCAAAGUUGUCAAGCAUCCAAUAUUUGAAAGGAGAGGAGAUGAUUUAUACACAAAUGUGACAAUCUCACUAGUUGAGUCUCUUGUGGGCUUUGAUAUGGAUAUUACUCACUUGGAUGGUCACAAGGUACAUAUUUCCCGGGAUAAGAUCACCAGACCAGGAGCGAAGCUAUGGAAGAAAGGGGAAGGGCUCCCCAACUUUGACAACAACAACAUCAAGGGCUCUUUAAUAAUCACUUUUGACGUGGAUUUUCCAAAAGAACAGUUAACAGACGAAGCAAGAGAAGGUAUCAAACAGCUACUGAAACAGGGAUCAGUGCAGAAGGUAUACAAUGGACUGCAAGGAUAUUAAGAGUGAAUAAAGUUGGACUUUGUUUAAAAUAA